AUGCCAGAAAGUGAUAAAUCAGAUACACUAGAACUAGAGGUUCCCCCGUCUUAUAAUGCCUCGCAAGCGCCACAAACGCAACCCUCAACUCAGGUGUGGCCUCACAUGCAAAGGAAUGAGUCGCGAUCGAUGACAUCCUUACCGCCCGAACCCUUUAUGAUAAUGAGGAGCCGAGCGCUCAACAGGAGAGUCACUCUAAACAUAGGCGGCGUUAGGCAUGAGGUGUUGUGGAGGACUUUGGAGCGAUUGCCGCACACAAGACUCGGCCGACUUCGCGACUGCAAUACACACGAAGCCAUUUGCGAGCUCUGCGACGACUAUAGUCUUGUGGACAACGAAUACUUCUUCGACAGACAUCCGCGCUCUUUCGCCGCUAUCCUUAACUUCUAUCGGACGGGAAAAUUGCAUUUAGUAGAAGAGAUGUGUGUUAUGGCGUUCAGCGAUGAUCUCGACUAUUGGGGUAUCGAUGAGCUCUAUUUGGAGUCCUGUUGUCAACACAAAUACCAUCAAAGAAAGGAACACGUGUUCGAAGAGAUGCGCAAAGAGGCCGAGUCUUUGCGACAGAGAGACGAAGAAGACUUCGGCGAAGGAAAGUGCGCUCACUAUCAAAAGUUUUUGUGGGAUUUACUCGAGAAGCCCACGUCUUCAUUCCCCGCCCGAGUAUUAGCAGUGGUUUCCAUUCUCUUCAUUAUACUGUCGACAAUCGCACUCACCCUCAACACCAUCGAGAGCUUUCAGGACACGGAUCCCAUCACUGGUCUGCCCGAAGAGAAUCACAAACUGGCAAUGAUUGAAGCCGUGUGUAUCACAUGGUUUACGUUGGAAUACUUGCUUCGAUUCAUGUCAUCACCCAAUAAGUGGAAGUUCUUCAAAGGGGGACUCAAUAUAAUCGAUUUGUUGGCUAUUAUGCCAUAUUUUGUUUCACUAUUUCUCAUCGAAUCCAACAAAAGCUCCGAUCAAUUUCAAGACGUGCGACGAGUGGUGCAAGUAUUCAGAGUAAUGAGAAUCUUAAGGAUUCUGAAGUUGGCUCGACAUUCAACUGGUCUCCAGAGUCUCGGAUUUACACUUAAAAAUAGUUAUAAAGAAUUAGGACUUCUUAUGCUAUUCCUUGCCAUCGGAAUAAUGAUAUUCUCGAGUUUAGCCUAUUUUGCGGAGAAAGACGAAGUGAACACUAAAUUUAAGUCCAUUCCGGACACCUUCUGGUGGGCGAGUAUUACAAUGACAACUGUUGGCUACGGAGAUAUAGUGCCGACCACUUUGUUUGGCAAAAUCGUCGGCAGCGCGUGUUGUAUUUGCGGUGUAUUAGUGGUCGCGCUUCCCAUUCCUAUUAUUGUCAACAAUUUCGCCGAGUUUUACAAAAACCAAAUGAGACGCGAGAAGGCAGUGAAACGCAAGGAGGCUCUGGAGAGAGCGAAACGGGAGGGCUCUAUCGUGUCGUUUCACCAUGUUAACUUGAGGGACGCUUUUGCCAAAUCCAUGGAUCUGAUCGACGUUCUCGUCGACAGCAACACAGCGGCGGCCCAACAGAUCGAUGCGGUCAGCGUUGGGGGCGAGUCUCACGUGAACACAGGUGUGGGCUGUUAUAAGAACUACGAUCACGGGAUGGCCGGCGGGUGUCUCGGCCUACGGAAGGACUCAUUCGGUGCGCCGUCUCUUAUGCCAAACCCAAGUGCUACUAAUUUAUUAGAUUUAAACUCAAUUAAUAUUGAUAACCAAACCACAGCUUCUGUGCCUCUAUUCGCUACUCCUAUCGAUAUGUUUGAAUCAAUGGACGAGAAUAUGGAUUGUUAUGACAAAAGUGAACCGCAAGUGAACCACCAAUACGUUAGACAGACAUCAAAGUCAGGUCUGAGAGAAGCCGUGUUUUCGCCCAAUUUUGAGAUGAAGACCUUCGAAGUGGGAUCACUCGACUCAAGCGAUACAUACCUGAGUUGUUGUACUCAUCCCUUCAACUCAUUGGCAGAUCUCACCGAAGAUACCAAUGAAGACAACUCGAGGGCAGAACUUUUGCAUAACGUUUACAUAAACCCAAUGGAAGUGAUGGCCCAUCAAAGUAGCAAAGAAUUGAAUUUCGAUCAGUUAUUAGUUGGAGUGCCUCUCAAUCCUCUCAUUCACAAUAAAUCCGAUGAUUUCUUAAUAAACGAAACCAAAAAACUGAAUGUGAUUUUAUCGGAACAACUUUGCAAUGAGUCGUUCACAUCGAUGACCACCUCUUCUUCGCCACUCAUUAAAAAGCCUAAAUUUCUUCAGGGAUUGAGGACUCGAUUCGAUGAUUCAAAUGCCUCCGCAAAGGAUGUCCACGAAGUGAACAAACAGACUGUCAAACAAAAGAUUAAAACUCCUUUUCUUCCGUAUAGAGGCCGGACGGGCAGUGGAAGCAAAGCCUCACUAUUGAUAUCAGACCUAAAUUCUGAUAAUCCGAAGCAUAAAAAGUCAAUAUUGAAGAACUCGUCUAACAGUCAGAGCAGAGAAGAAAUGGAGAGAUUAUUACCCGAAACGCCCAAACAUGCCAUCAAUAGAAUUUCAACAACA